GGAAAUUUGCUGGAACACCGGAAGUGACGCAGUAGGUGUGCGUCUUCGUGCUGCCAGCGGUCGUGCAGGAUGGCGCUUAGCUCGCUGUACCGGUCUCUGUUCCGCCGGACAUCCACCUUCACGCUGACCAUCGUGCUCGGGGCCGUGCUGUUCGAGCGGGCCUUCGACCAGGGAGCGGAUGCUUUUUACAGUCACCUAAACCAAGGGAAAUUAUGGGAACACAUCAAACACAAAUAUGAGCAAGAAGAAUAACGUUGCAGUGACAAGUGUACGGAUCCUCAUGUACUGAACUGCAUGUGCCUGCUGUUCAAACAAGUAUGGCAGAGAGAUUGAAAAUUACAGACUUGAUUCCUGCAUCUUGGCGGAUGUCUUCUUUUGUGUAUUUAUCGUGCUUAAACUAUACACCUGUUUAAUAAAAUACAUUUUAAA